CAUGGCAGCUUCACAAAGCUAGCAACAUGUGGCAUUGGUUGCUGUUCUUUCUCUGUUCGCUGCCUCGUGCUGAAAUGGAAUACAUAACAGAUCAUGCCCUGUCCAUAGCUGCCAUGAAGAGUCUGGUGGACAUGGAAAGUUUCUUUAUCGCAGAGCUAGACAAAUACUCGGAUGACCUGGAAUGGAAAAUCACCACCAUAGAAAGCUUUCUGGAUGAAGUGCAGAUGAGAAAGGCGCCUUGGCGGAAUACUCCGGAUGAAUUCGUUGCCCAUCCGUUGACCAGUUUCUCGCUUGUACGACGCCUACAUGAGGAUUGGAGCCACAUGGAGCUGUUUAUGUCAACUCGGUUGGGCUUGAAUUAUCUCAACAAAAUUCAGAGGGUACUGGACUUGGCCAAGCCCACGGAACAGGACCUGCACGAUGCCCUCAGCGGAAUAGAUGCCAUUCAGAAUCAGUAUGAUCUAAAGGCAACAAACAUGGCCAAUGGAGUGCUGAAUGGACGGCAAUACAACACCAAUCUGACGACUCUUGAUUGCCUGGCUAUGGUUCAAUUUCACGAAAAUAACAAACAGAUGCAUGCGUCAAUUGAUUGGAAUGCGGCAGCGCUGCAGCAGUACGAUGAGGCCAGAGAUGGUCAUCUCUACAGAGAAGUUUUCAACUUUUCAUUAUCCGAUUUGUAUGGCAACUAUGCGCGUUCUUUGACAGCCAAAGGUUUAAGGCAAACCGCAUUGACGCUACUAAAGGAUGUGUCCCAUUUCCAUGCUGAUCUCUGGCAACUGCAGCGCGACAUCACGAACAAAAUGGAACUGCAUGAGCACGACGAUAUACAAAUGAAAAGAGAACAAAAUACCCUACUGAUCGGUUGCCUGGGCUUGUUUCCACCCAUUAGGAAUCGUAGUUGUCACUACGAGAGUACAAGAACAGCCUUCCUGCGACUGGCGCCACUCAAAGUCGAGUUGCUUAGCCUGGACCCCUACAUAGCCGUCUAUCACGAUGCCAUUUACGAUACGGAGAUUCGGCGUGUCAUGACACUGCCAGUCCACACUCUAAAGGGUCCUCCCCGCUACCGCGACCGGCGGGAAUACAAUCUGAAGUUUACUACGGUCUACGAGGAUGCAAAUAGCCAGCUGAAUCAACGCAUCAGGGAUAUGACGGGUGAGGAGGUGAAAGAAGACAAGGAUUUUAGCAUCUACAAUUAUGGCAUAGGUGGCUACAUACGUUACCAUGUGGAUAACUUGCCAAAAGAAGAUCUAAAGCCAGGCUUUGGGGAUUUCCAGACAACAAUUAUCUACUUCUUGAAUGACGUGACCCAUGGCGGCGCCAUUUCAUUUCCACCACUUCAAAUGACAGUCUGGCCGCGCAAAGGCAGUGCUGUGGUGUGGCACAAUCUAGACAAUAAUUCGCAGCUUGAUUUACGUGUCGCACACAUCUCGUGCCCCGUCAUAGUGGGCUCCAAAUGGACCCUAGUCAAGUGGCUGCAUGAGGGACACCAAAAUUUUACGCAGACCCCGGAAAAACCACGUGACUAAAUCACGAAAAUGAGAACCGUGAAAUGCUUAAUUUUCCAACGCUUUUCGCUGCUUAAUGGUUGCUAGUUUUAAGCCAGUUUAAAAUUGUUUUUUAGACCGCUGAGAACUCGAGUAAAAUGAUCCGAUUUGUUGGCUUAA